AUGGAAGAAGAUCAAACACAAAUAACCUCCGAGGCUUCUCAAGCCACACCCAAAGUAAAAACUCUGCCUUCCCAAGCUGAUGCUGAAAAGAUAAGGUUAAAACGUCUUGCAAAACUACAGCCAAAGGCAGAAUCUCAGAAUGAUCUAGCUGGACCUUCAACUUCUAUUCCAAAACCAGCAAUUAGUCAAAAGACGGUAACUUCGCUGCCACCUGCAAAGCAUAUAAGCUCUACCAAUAGUUCACCGUCUUUCAAUAAGAUAAAAGAAAGCGAAGAAGUUAUGAGCAAACCCGUAACACCAACUUCAAAACCUCAAAUGCCAGUAAAAUCAUUCGAGGAUUGGCAGAACGAUGCCAUCUCAAAAGUUUUGCAAAUCACCCUUGAUAAAUCAGCGGCCGAAAAAAGUUCAAAACAAUUGAUCUAUCUGAAUUCUCUGGCUGCCGAAUUAAAAGAAGAAGAACCUGAGAACGCGUCACGUCCUUUUAAACUUUCAUUGGAACUUAUUGAUCGCGCCUUGGUUUCUCGUUUGUCUAUCGAUCCUCAGGCAAUGAGUGAUGAUAAUGAUACUUUACUUGCAAUUUCCAGUCUGCCAAAAAUUCCAGUGUUCGAUUAUUUAUUGGAAUGCUGGAAACGAGCAGGAGAAAUAAAACGAAAUUUAAUUUCUCGUGCAAAGUUAUUAGAUCCUAAGGUCUUGAAUCAGCGAGUGGCAAUAAUGGAUAAAAUCAAGGAGCUCACUGUCUCUUAUUCUGGAUUGGUCCUUCAGAUGCCUGACAUGUUCCCCCAAGUUGAAACAUCUUCAGCAUUAGGUCCACAACUUCUGGUUCCGCGAUUAUUAGCUGAACCAGAUACAAACGAAGGGUUACCGACAGAUUUUCUUCGAGAAUUUAUUAUUAGAUUUGAGCAAGAUGGUUUUGAAGAGAUAUUCGUCCCUGCACUCUUAGGAUUAGGGACGCAUAUUCGUUCACAAAAUAUAUUAGGGGAUUUUCGAGCACCUUUGCGUACAUUGACGUCCUUAACCGAAAUAAAGCAGUUCGCGUCAAUCCUUCCAACCCUGGAAACCUGGAAUCCGCCAAAUCUUCCUGCGCGAGCGCUUGAAGUUGCGUCAUUUAUGGGCCCAUUUUGUAGACUUUCUGCAUUUCCCACUGAGGAGCAAGCAAUUGUAGACGCGUAUUUUUCAAAUCCUCGUCAACGACAACAACGUGAGCUAGACUCUGCAAUUUUAAACAUAAGAAUGACCUUAAAAGGAAUUCAAGAUACCCUCUUUCAAAUCUUCAAUAAUAUUGUGCGUUCAACAUCGCCAAAUGCUCGUGAGGCAGUUUUAAAUUAUUGGGCAACUGUAAUAAAAGUAAAUGAAAAGAGAGCUCAAAUGCAGGUUGAUCCUAUGAUAGUAGGUACUGACGGUUUUCUAUUGAAUAUGACCGUGAUUCUUCUUAAGUUUGCUAAUCCAUUCAUGGAUCUCAACUACUCGAAGAUUGAUCGAAUUGAUGUUGACUAUUUUAGAAAAAGUCAUCGAAUUGAUAUAAGCCAGGAAACAAAAAUAAACGCCAGCCAACAGGAAUCUGACGAAUUUUAUAAAGAUCAACCAGAGAGUGGAAUAAAUUUUAUUUCUGAAAUAUUUUUCAUCACGAUAGCCAUGCAUCAUUAUGGAUUAUUAAAUAUUCUGAAUAAAUACAAUAAUUUCGCUAGAGAUCUGAGUGAAUUUCAGAAGCAAUAUGAUAGAGCCAUGGCUGAACAUGCAAGAAUGGCUUCGUCAUCAACUAAUAUGUUAAGCGAAGCCAUGCUUGAAAGAAUGAAAAAACAAUUGGAAAAAAUGAUGUCGCAUAAACUGGCUUAUGAGGCACAAGUUCUGGAUCAAUAUCUAUUAUCACAGUCGCUGCAAUUUUACAAUCUUUUGAUGACCUGGAUUGUGAGAAUAGUGGAUCCAAAAGGAAAACAUCCACAUGAAAUGAUCCAAUUACCACUUCCACCCACGCCACCACAACAAUUUGCAAUGUUACCAGAAUAUUUUAUUGAAGAUAUAACCGAAUUCUUUUUAUUCAUUUCAAGAUGGGAUCCUAUGGUGAUUGUGCAAAACUCUCGAAAUGAACUUUUGACAUUUAUUAUCACAUUUUUACGUUCAUCGUCGUAUAUCAAAAAUCCUUAUUUAAAAGCUAAAUUGGUCGAGAUUUUAUUCUAUUUCACUCUCCCAUUCCGAGGCGAACCUGAAGGUGGCUUGGGUGCUCUACUUAAUACACAUUCACUCUCUUUAGAACAUUUGAUGCCGGCUUUGAUGUCAUUUUAUGUUGGAAUGCAUUCACAAUUUUAUGAUAAAUUUAAUAUUCGUUACAAUAUUUCACAAAUUUUUAAGACCAUCUGGUAUAAUCCUGAUCACCGUGAAAAAUUAAGGCAAGAAAGUCGAAACACAGUAUCCUUCGUUCGAUUUGCAAAUUUACUUAUGAAUGAUGCAACUUAUUUAUUGGAUGAAAGUCUAUCGAAGCUUGCGGAAAUUCAUAGCAUUCAAUUGGAAAUGAAGAACACUGUUGAAUGGGAAAGUCGAACACAGCAAAAUCGUCAAGAACGCGAAGGAUUGUUAAGGUCUUUAGAAAGACAAGCAACCUCAUAUAUGACAUUAGGAGAUGAAACAGUAAAAAUGCUCAAGUCUAUGACAGAAGAAGUAGUCGAACCAUUCCUUACACCUGAAAUAGUAGAUCGUCUGGCCGCCAUGUUGGACUAUAACCUUACCACGCUAGUCGGCCCGAAAUCGACUGAACUUCGAGUUGAAAACCCAGACAAAUAUCGGUUUCGGCCACGAGACUUGCUCUCCGAUAUUCUUGAUAUAUUUCUGAACCUAUGCGAGCGACGCGAGUUUAUUCAAGCAGUCGCGCGAGAUGGUCGAAGUUACCGAAAGGAAUUAUUUUCUAAAGCAGCUGCUAUCAUGCUUAAGAUCUCACGGAAAAGUGAGGUAGACAUUAAGAAAUUAGAGUUGUUUGUGAAUCGAGUUGAGGAAACGAUCAAAUUAGAGGCAGAGGAUGAAGAAGAAUUAGGAGAUGUGCCUGAUGAAUUUUUAG